AAAAUGUUAAGAAGUGUCGGAAGCCUCAAAAGAAUCCUUAUAAGAAGCAGCGUUGAGGAUGGAAAUGACCAGAGGAACCAUUCCAGGCGUGAUAAGAGCAAGUAAUAGACUGUUCAAAUCCAAUGGCCACCGUAAUCGACGGCAAAGCAAUUUCACAAACUAUCCGAAAUCAAAUCGCCGACGAGGUGCGUCUGCUCUCUCAGAAAUACGGCAAGGUUCCGGGAUUAGCUGUGAUGGUAGUAGGGAGCACAAAAGAUUCACCACGCUAUUUAGAAAUGAAGAGAAAGGCAUGCGCUGAAUUAGGAAUCAAAUGCUUCGUUGUGGACCUAGCUGAGCAAGUCUCCGAAACUGAAGUAAUAAAGCAAGUUCACGACUUGAAUGCAAACCCUCAUGUACAUGGUAUAUUGAUUCAACUUCCAUUGCCUAAGCACAUAAAUGAAGAGAAUGUUCUGAGUGAAAUCAGCUUUGAGAAGGAUGUGGAUGGCUUUCAUUCUUUGAACAUGGGCAAACUUGCAAUGAAAGGCAGAGAACCCCUGCGCCUUCCCAGCAUCCCCAAGGCAUGUAUUGAACUAUUACAGCGAAGUGGUGUAAGUAUAAAGGGAAAGAGGGCAGUUGUGGUUGGUAGAGGCAACAUAGUUGGAUUACCAGCUUCAUUGGUGCUUUUGAAAGCAGAUGCUACAGUUACUAUUGUCCAUUCACACACAAGUCAACCAGAAAAUAUCAUACGUGAAGCAGAUAUUCUUAUUGCAGCAGCAGGACAGCCAAUGAUGAUAAAGGGCAAUUGGAUCAAACCUGGAGCCGCAGUCAUAGAUUUUGGCAAUAAUGCUGUCGAUGACCCAACAAAGAAGUCUGGUUACAGGCUUGUUGGAGACGUAGAUUUUGAGGAAGCAUCUAAAAUUGCUGGUUGGAUUACUCCUGUUCCUGGUGGUGUAGGUCCAAUGAUAGUCACAAUGUUGCUCAAGUACACUUUGGAGGGAGCCAAGCGCUACAUUGAGCAAAAUAAUUGAUCUUCCUUUAAUUUGAAUGGGAAAUUCUUCGUGGUUUCUAGUUUUCUGCUAAGGUAGGUAAAAAUGUAUUUUGUAAAAUCACAAGGAUCGGUUUUCAAAAUCGACAAAUAGAAUUGGUCCAAUCGAAACUAUAUGCCCUGUAUCUUGUUCUCUCCUGUCCUUCAUGUGUGUACUCAGCAUAUUUAGAUUGGAUUUACUGCC